AAGCCAUGUUCCCAUACGUGUAGUCACCAAUCACAAAUCGCCACGUCAAGUAAACAAAUUUUGUAUGACAAAAACAAACGACACCGUAAAAAAAAAACCAACAUUACAAUUCUUCUCCACAUCCUCCCUUUCUAUUCUCCGUCAAAUCAAACUUCGCCGGAUAACAAUCGGAAUUCGCCGGGAAAUAUGGCGGUCAAAGGAGAGAGAAAUCGAUUGAUACAGAUCUACACCAUACUUGGACUCUUAUUAAGCUGCUAUGUUUCGAACAUCUCUGCUCUCUCCGUCACUGUUAACGAUGUCGAAUGUAUCUAUGAAUAUGUUCUUUACGAAGGCGACAAAAUUUCUGGAAACUUCGUUGUUGUUGAUCAUGAUAUUUUUUGGAGCUCCGAUCACCCUGGGAUCGAUUUCACUGUGACAUCUCCGGCAGGUAAUGUUGUCCACACUCAGAAAGGAACAGCUGGUGACAAGUUUGAACUGAAAGCUCCCCGAAGUGGGAUGUAUAAAUUCUGUUUUCACAAUCCAUACUCAGCACCAGAGACUGUCUCUUUCUACAUUCACGUUGGCCAUAUUCCAAGCGAGCAUAAUAUUGCAAAAGAUGAGCACUUGGACCCAAUCAAUGUCCAAAUUGCUGAGCUCAGAGAAGCACUGGAGUCUGUAACGGCAGAACAGAAGUAUUUGAAAGCACGUGAUACACGUCAUCGUCAUACAAACGAGAGCACUAGAAAGCGUGUCAUCUUUUAUACGUUGGCCGAAUAUCUGAUGCUGAUAGCAGCUAGUGGGCUUCAAGUUGUUUACAUUCGUAAACUGUUUAGCAAGUCUGUGGGUUACAACCGUGUUUGAGCUGCAGCUAUUAAUUUUUUUUUAUGUUGCCGUUUACUAGUUUUAGAUACGAAAAACAGAGUGUAUGUUGGCUGUUUUGUUUUAUAGAUCCUUCUUUUGCCACUUGCUAUUUAUUUAUCCUUACUUUGGCUGUACGUGAGGUAAAUAUGUUGCAAAAAGUUACUUCGAUUAGCAGGACUGAAAGCCUCUGUCAAUGUACUUUUCUUUCCGUUGGGAGGGAAGCAUUGCCUCAGUAGAAAAAACUGAUUGUAGUCAUAAUCGAAACAGAUAUAAUUCGAGACAUGGUUGAUCAGUACAA